AUGUCCGACUCGAACCAGCCCAAGGCGCCGCUCAAUAUUCCCUCAGGAAACAGCCAGAUCACGCCCGAACCUCAGCCGUUAAAGCCGGAUGAGCGACUUACCGGCGACAAGUUGCAAGAUUUCAAGUCUGCUUUCGGUAGAAUAAAGCCGAAGAAUGAUCUAGAGAACCUGGGCAAGAUGCCGUGUGCUAGAAAUAGUCUGUUGUAUGGGAUUGCUGGAGGGACUGGUAUUGGAGCGGUCAGGUUCUUGGGAUCACGGAGACCAUGGAGUGCAGCCAAUUGGGCAGUUGGCAGCUUCUUGGCUAUCACCCUGUUCCAAUGGUAG